GGUUACAUCCAUGCACAGGAAGCCUGUGGGUGGGGAGGGGACUUCACAGGAGAGGCAGGACCUCACCAGGCAGGCCCCCAGAGAGACAGUUCCUCACCAGGCAGCCCCCAGGGGAGAGCCGAUGACCUCACCAGGCAGCCCCAGGGAGAGCAGUUCCUCACCAGGCAGGCCCCAAGAGAGGCAGGACCUCACCAGGCAGGCCCCCAGGGAGAGGAGGACCUCACCAGGCACGGCCCCCAGGGAGAGCAGGACCUGACCAGGCAGGCCCCCAGGAGAGGCAGUCCUCACCAGGCAGGCCCCCAGGAGAGGCAGUUCCUCACCAGGCAAGCCCCCAGGGAGAGGGAGGACCUCACCAGGCAGGCCCCAGGGAGAGCAGGACCUCACCAGCAGGCCCCAGGGAGAGGCAGGACCUCACCAGGCAGGCCCCCAGGGGAGGAGGACCUCACCAGGCAGGCCUCCAGGGAGAGGCAGGACCUCACCAGGCAGGCCCCCAGGGAGAGGCAGUCCUCACCAGGCAGCCCCCAGGAGAGAGGGAGGACCUCACCAGGCAGGCCCCCAGGGAGAGGGAGACCUCACCAGGCAGGCCCCCAGGGAGAGGCAGGACCUCACCAGGCAGGCCCCCAGAGAGAGGCAGUUCCUCACCAGGCAGGCCCCCAGGGAGAGGCAGUUCCUCACCAGGCAGGCCCCCAGAGAGAGGCAGGACCUCACCAGGCAGGCCCCCAGAGAGAGGCAGUUCCUGCACCAGGCAGGCCCCAGAGAGAGGCAGUUCCUCACCAGGCAGGCCCCAGAGAGAGGCAGUUCCUCACCAGGCAGGCCCCCAGGGAGAGCAGUUUCCUCCAACCAGAGGCAGGCCGCAGAGAGCAAGGCAGUUCCUCACCAGGCAGGCCCCCAGAGAGAGGCAGUUCCUCACCAGGCAGGCCCCCAGAGAGAGGCAGUUCCUCACCAGGCAGGCCCCCAGGGAGAGGGAGGACCUCACCAGGCAGGUCUAUAAGCCCUGGGUGA